ACGGAAACAUUCCAUUUGUAUCUGAAAACUCUAAAUUCGCGAGGUGUGUCGCCUCUAGCGAGAGAGGCUGGCUAUUAUUUUAUACACAUCGCAGAGUUAGCUUUGUUAUCUCGCGAAUAAAGGGAUAAAACACACCGACCGUUUAUAGGUGUUUUUACAGUUUGAGCUACAUGCUUAAACGUUUUGGAUAAUUAAGGAUAUAGACAACGAAAUCUCUACCAGGUUCAACCUUUGUCUGCUUGAGAAGACAUUGGAAGUGAUCACAGCUAUGCUGAUGUGUGAACAUUGAUUCUGGAUUAGGACAAUGGAAAGUCUUACUGGAGCCCGUCGUGUGCGGGUUUACCAGUUUCCAUUUCUUUCUUCUUCUAUUUGCACGUUGUAUAUGGUCUUAUUCUUCAUCGUUUCAUCUUUAGAUUCAGUUUCAUGUGUAUUAGUAAACACGCACAAACGUGCGUUAUCUUUACCAGGUAAUUUGACUAAUACAUUGAAUGCAGAGCACGCAACUGUAAAGGCUCAACACCCUACUUCCAAUCCUACAAAUGCAGUGAAGGCCAAUGUUCCAUCGUGGGAUUACAGUCGCCAUGGUGCCGAUUGGACUAGUGGAAUGUGCAAUAUCGGAGCUAUGCAAUCUCCUGUUGACCUUCAUGUUGAGACACCUUCUACAAAUAGGCAACAUAGCUUAAAAUCGCUGUUUGACCACGUACUUAGUGGCUCCAGUAUAACCAAUGAUUUGAAUGAAGGAUGGAAACGUGGCGAUGUAGUUUAUUCUUAUCACCCUUUCAUUUCUACCGUGAAAGUUCUUCGCAACGACAAGGUCUUCCGUAUUUCCAUCCCUGCCAAUGAGGGUUCUAUAUUCGGAUCGUUGUUCACCACUGACCGUCCAAACCUUUAUGCUGCUACCCACAUUGACUUUCAUUCUCCGAGUGAGCACACAUUUGAAGGCUCUGCAAACCGUCGCCACGUAGAAGUUCAGAUAUGGCAUUAUUAUGGCGAUGAUGGUAUGACUGAUGAAGGUGUACGUGCGAUCGACCCCAAUGCACCAAAGGAGAAAGAAGAAGAUGCUGAAAGCAAGGAAGAAUCCGAGGAACCAAAAGAAGAGGAAACAGUUAGCGACAACCCAGAAGAACACCACAAUGAACAAUUGGGAGAUGCCACCGGACAAAGUGGAAACCACGUAGAUGGUAAUACGAUUCCUCAGCACCCCGAGCACGGUAAUAACGUAAACCAUGAACUCCAUCACCCAAGCGAAACAGCUCUUAGACACCAUCCUUCAGAUCAUGAGAAAUCUGACAUUACAAGCAACCAUCAUCUGGACAAUCACAAUCUGAAGUCAAGUUAUGAUGUUGUAGAUGCUGCCGGUAACAGGGUCGAUGCCAGUCACUUACUACAUCAACAAAAUACCAAUGAUGUAAUGCACGAGACGGCAAAGGUACACCACGGCCAUUAUAACCACAGGCUAGACGGUCCCGAGCUUCCAAACGCAAGCCAUAUCAGUGAUGCUGAGUUGGAACAUCACAUUGACGAAUUUCUAUCUAAGGAGAUUGAAGUUCCACCCACCUACAAGCCAUAUGAGACCGAGUCAUCAAAUAUGCGUGCACCAUCCCAUGCUGAUCAUCGUAGUUUUAUUGAAAUCCUCAGUGACGUUGAGAUGGCGAAUGGCGAACAUGUAAUAUCACCUUCCGGUGGAAAGGAAAGGAUUGUUAAGAAGGUCACUGCAAAGAAGAUCGAUACAUCAGUUAACCAAGAGGACAAGGAUUUGCAAUCUACUCUUUCCAAAAAAGCGCAAGAGAUAGCUGGCAUGUUAAAGGAUGAAAAUGUCGACAUGCUUCAUAAGUAUUUGUUGCAGCACUUGGAGAAUGUCUCUUUCAAUGAAGAGCGUAUUAAACGUCACAACGCAGGAAAGCGUCGUGCCCGUGAUGUUGGCACCCAUUGGGGUCGCUGGGCAGUUCUGUCUUUAACAUUUAUGAGCGAGGAGAUGAAUGAUACACCUAUAGAGACUCUGCAGUCAUAUCCAUCUGAGCUUUUCAUGGAACAAGUGCUUAAGAUCGGUUCAAGCAUCGCUGUGCAACCGGAGACUGGGUCUCCAAGCGUUGGCGAUCUAACUGUAGAAGGCAACAUGGAGCUACCUGUGGUAGAUUUAGAAACACCCAUUAACCUCCCAUCACUAUUUUUGAUGUUGGAGAAUAAGAAUGUGAGCUACUUCGCUUACGAUGGUUCAUUCACUUACCCUGGAUGUGAGGAGACUGUUAGGUGGUAUGUUGCUAAGGAUCCUCUACCUAUAUCCACCGAACUUAUGUUGCAAAUAAAUCGCAUGUUAAACCAGAAGCGUACUUCUGAGUCAGCCAACAAUAAUGUAAACAAAUACAGGGAGCUUCAAAAUGUUGAUCCCAAUAUUCACCACAUUGGCAAGGUUUAUAUGGUUCACGGCUACCCUAUGGAAUACUUCAUUGCGACAUCAUUGCAGCGCCCACCAAUCCUACCCCUUCCACGACCAUCUGGAUUCUUUACACCAUAUUGGGGACUUUGCAUUGCGCUGGUCGUCGUAGUAUUCACUCAGCUUUAGACACGGCUACUUUGAUAUGGCGACACAUGAGUCAUGACUGUGUACGGCUCAUCAUAACAGGAAUCUUGUUUGCACGUUAUG